UUUUUGUUAAUUUGGUAUGCAAAUCAUUAUAUGAAAGUAAUGACUAAAUCUAGAAUCAAGAUUUAUCAAAUGAGAUGCAUGCAUAAUUAUGCAGUUGACUAUAAAUGGACGUAGAAUGCCCUAAUUCAAAAUCAGAUUGCCAAAUCCUAUACUCAAAUUUUCUUUUAAAUGAAAUGUUAAAUUAUCGUUACCAAAAUAAAGAAAUAAAUCUGUAAAUCGAAAUCAGAUUAAAUCAUAUCUCACACAAUUUAAUGAUGAAAAAAAAUCCAACCUAAAUUUUAUUUCCCACAAUUUCACUAUAAAUACCCCACAAACAAACGUAGAGCGCAUACACACACAGUACACACAGAGCAAAGUUUCAUUUCAUAUACAGAAUAAUUCUCUGCAACUCAAUUCUAAUUUUCUAUUCAACAAUGGCGGGCAGGCAAACGAGGGGGCGACAGAGAAUCCCGAUCAGGCUGAUCGAAAACCAGGACGAUCUGUACGCCACCUUCUCUAAGCGGCGAUUGGGGCUUUAUAAGAAGGCGAGCGAGCUGAGCACGCUUUGUGGUGUGGACAUUGGUAUAAUUAUCUUCUCCCCUACCGAUAACCCUUUCUCCUUCUUCCAUCCGUCAAUGGAGUCGGUCAUCGACCGAUUCAGGAACCCCAAUCAGCCCCUCAGCGACUACGCGCGGGUGGUUGAGGCGCACACACGCGCCCGGAUCGAUAACCUGAACCGGCGGCUGGACGAGAUCCAUGAGGAGAAGGACCGCCUUAAGGAGAGGGAGAAGGAGCUCGACGAGAUCGACCGGAAUCGGCCCAAGGGGUGGUGGGAGGAAACCCCGAUCGAGAGCCUCUCGCCCGAGCAGGUCCAGGAAUGGAAGGCGUGGUUUCGCGCCUUCAAGGUCAAAAUACAGAACCGGAUCUCGGAGCUCAACAACAUUGGAGCUUCGACUUCCGGUGCCGCCGCGGCGGAUGCGGCGGCGGUGCCGCCUCCGCCGACUGGAGGCGAGAUAGUUCCGGGCAUGUUUGCUCAGAACUACGACUUCCCUCCGGGGCCGUCGUCGUCGUCUGACUCUCCGGUGGCAUUCGGGGAUCACCAGUUUGCCACCACACAGUACUACAAUGCGCCGCCUUACACUACGGGCGGUGCUAGUGGAAGCGGCGGCGGAGGACAGUACUUUGUUACUCAGGCGGGUGAGGGGCCGUCUGGUAGUGGCAGCGGGCAGUUUUCUGUCCCGUACAAUUUUGGUGCUCCUACAUUUGGGGCGGAGGGUUCGUCGGCGGCGGCGGCGGCUGGAGGAAGUGGCGGUGGUGGCCAGUUUCCUCCGAUGCAGUACAAUUAUUUUCCACCACCGCCGCAACAAUCGGAUCAUGAUAAUCAGAAUCAGGAUCCGACAUCUGCUACUGUUGGAGAAUAUUCCAUACAGUAUAAUUAUAUUCCCCGGUGGGGGCAGGAUCCAUCUUCUGGUGGAGGAGCCGUCAUCCGGGAAGGGGGUGCCGCCCGUGCCGCUGCUACAGCCACCAAUGCCGCCAACAUCGCGGGCGCCCCACUGAAUCUCGUUGCUGAAGAAGUGAACCAAGAGCAGCAGGGCUUCAAAAAAGACGCAGACGAGUACAUGCCGAUAGCUAAUAUCACCCGAAUCUUGCGGCGCAUCCUCCCCACCCAUGCCAAAGUCGCCGACGAUGCCAAGGAAGCUAUCCAGGAAUGCGUCUCAGAGUUCAUCAGCUUUAUCACCGCCGAGGCAAACCGGCGGUGCCGCCGUGACUACAGGACAACAGUCACACCAGAGGACGUGCUGGCAGCAAUGGCCUCUCUAGGUUUCGACGACUAUUUGGAGUCACUCACAGUUUUCCUCAACAACCACCGCACGCAGCAGGACCCCGAGCGUGGCUCUAGGAAUCAAAUAUCGCAGUUUGUUAGGCGAGAUGACGGGGUCGGAGUUGGCUUCCUUCACCACCAACAACCGCAAGGUGCUCCCACGGUGUGGCCGCCGCCACCACCACCACCACUGGCGGCGCCAACAAUGGGGUAUUAUGUCCCCUUACCGCCACCUGUUGCUAUGGAAGAUGAGGAAGAAUUUGGUGGGCUGCCGAAGGUAACAAAUAAAUUUGGUGGUGGAAAAGAGUUUGACCCGUUUCAGUAG